GCUUAUAUAUAUAAACAGAUACAACAGAAGCACAAAGGUUUCUAAAGUAGAACAAGAAUCCUGAAUAUGUAUUUUAAUGCAGUACUUGAGUAAAUGUACUCAGUUACAUUUGGCCACUGUAGAAAUUCAGUCAGCUGAAUGAGCAUUCAGAAGAGACAGAUUUGUGACUGUAAUCAGUCCCAGCUUGUUAAUGGCUCAGUCUUUGUGUAAAUCAAUAAUACAGUCUCUGAUUAACUGAAACUAAGCUGAGGCUGGGUCUCCGCCAGAGCAGCAUUGAUUCGGGCCGCACUAAGUGUGUCACCUCACGACAUUACUUGAGCUCUAUGUCACUUAAGAUGUUUCUCAUGCACAAGGUGACAUAGUCCAGCAGUGAGUACACAGUGGUACACAUGACAGAACAGCAUCUCUUUGUUCCAGGAUUAAACGAUGACACCGACACCACAGCACCCUGUAAAUGUUGCUUAUCAUUAUGACAUUCUUCAUACUUGCAUUGGUAUGCAUCUGUACCUCUAUCUUGUGUGUUCGUGUUCAUAUGGGCUAAUUCGUUUGAUGACACGUGCACUAACAGAAACAGGAGGCGGAGCUUGUCGCCGCCAGUAGCCGGUGUCUUUCCUGCGUGUCUGGGGGGCCUCAACAACAGCUGUCACCGACACAAGCACAGCUACAGUGGUAUAAGUGCCCCUGGUCUUGAAUUCCAAAAAUGCAGUUUAGACACUUCGGGAUGUUUCACAGAACAGCGGCACUUAUAACUCAUGUGCCCUUCAUUUAAAAAUAAGCCCAGAACUCCAUGGCAACCCAAGAUAUUCUAAAGAGCACUUGAUAUGUUGUGGUCAGAAUAGCGACGCAUACGUGCUAAAAACAGGGGACUGGUUAACUGGCUGCUGAUGUUUAACGUUAAUAAGACGAGUGAUGUCAUUCAUUAGGUUUGGAUCUUUGGACCAUGAUGUGCCUGAACCUCUCUCGCAUUAAAUAUGGAUUGCAUCAGGAGACAUUUCAAAUUUCACAGCUGGGUACAAACCUCAUGACCCAUCCUGUAAACUUUUUCCCUGUUUGCCAGUAGUGACAUAAUCAUGACUUUCCUGGUGAUUUCCUGUGUGAUAAGCCUUCAUCAUUCCAGUGAUAUUACUGGUAAGGAGAGAACAAACCAGUGUAUACAGUAAAACAUCUGAAGGCACCUUUAGAGUGAGGAUGACUGGCCUCUGUGACUAAGACAGGCCGUCUUUGUCCCUGAACCAGUCACUCUGUAAUUCCACACGUCUCUCUGUGAGUCGGAGCUCUUCUCUGACAGACGUGUUGUGCUUUAGUUUACUUUUGUCUCACCUGCAACAAUGCUUUUCAUUUUUUCCCAUCUGUAAAAAAGGUAAACAACUGACAAUGGUACCAGCACAAGACAAUGCAAAUGCUCACUUACAAACUUAAAUGGGUAGCAGUUUGGAGAUUUGUGGUUACCCAAGUGUUACAUUAUCAUUCCGAGCGCUGCAACGUGUGAUAGCUUAGGUUUACUAGAAGCCCAGCUGCAUACUUUAAACUUUAAAGCCUAAAUUUCUGUCCACUGUUUUCUGUGCACACAUAUUUAAUCUCUCUGACCUUUGGAGCCUUUUUUGCCUCUGUUUUGGUCUCCACACCCUGCUCAGAUAAAAUAUCUGGGUCGCUGAGUUGCUAAGCUCAAUUUUCAUCUCCAACAACAGUUACUUUUACACCUUUGGUAGCGGCGACACAUUUUUAUCAACAUUUUUUUAAAUUAUUUUAAAAGAUUAAAAAAGUUUCUGGCUGCUGUUGGUGUGACUGAAGAGGACAGUAGACGUAGGAUAGGAUGGAGGGAGGAGCCUUUGUGCUUGCCAGGUUUUUGUGAUUGUCCUGCAAGUCGCCACCCUGGCAUACAGCUGGUAUCAGCAGUGGCUCAAGAAGUAGAGGGGGUCACGUACCAGUCAGAAGGUCGAUGCUUGGUUUGCAGCUACUCCAGUCCAGUGUGUGUGCACAAUUGUCAGACAAAGCUCUUGGGUAUAGAAAACAGUGUUUGUAUGAAUAUGUAUGACACUGGGGGAAUGAGGUUUGCAGUAGAAAAGGACUUGGAGUGCUCAGUUAGAGUAGAAAAGCACCAUAUCAGUACCAGUCCAAGUCCCAAUAAAUUCCAUAACUCUAAUGGUUGGAGAAGAGCUAUAAGUUAGUACAAAAACACCGUUCUCUGAACAGCUAUGAAAACAUGUUAUGGAAACCAAAUAGACGUUUGACGUGUGCUUUAAGCUGACUUUCUAAAUUGACACUCGGUCCCCCAUUUUUUGCUCAGUGCUGACUACAGCUGGCAUUCAGAGGAUUUUAGACAAAUGGCCGAGCCCAUGUCUCUUUCCCACGUUUGAAUGUGCUUCAUCCAUAUGUUGUCUUGCUGUUUCUAUUCAUAGCACACUCAGAACUUAAUAUCUUCCUUACGAGAGGGUAAAGAUGAUAACCAGAGCUAGCAACAUCUAGAGCUUCAUUAGCUGGUGUUGGUUUACCGAUGCUGCCGCUAGAGUUUAGCGACGAGAGUCAAGUGACUCUGAAUAAAUGCUGUUGCUAUGGAAAUCGUUAAAAUGUGAAAGUUUAUCAUCGUGUUUGAUAAACUAUGUUUCUAAUAGACUAUGUCUAAUCUAAGUGUGCUUCAUGUGCAGCAGUGUUUAUAAUGCAUGACCCAAAUCUGAGCAUGUUUCAUCUCGUCGGUGGAUUUACACAGUAAGAGUGAAUAAACAGCUUGAGUGAAUAUUUAACAAAGUGCCCUCACAACAACUCUCACGAAUGUGUCCUGUUUUAUAAGUGACUGAUUAACGGCCUACCUGCGCUGAGUGUUUAUCAAGCAAAGAGCGUGUUUGCUCUAAUAGCAAAGACUUACUUAGAGAGCUACCUGCAUUCUUCUCAGUUUGCUCACUGUUCAAGCUUUGGUUGGUUCCCAUGAGGGGAUCAGGUUAAUGUGACAUCAGGAGAAUACUACAAGAUGAAACCCACCACCUAUGCUGACAUUUUGCUCCAGUGUGCCAUGCCAGCAUUAGUUAAGUAUUAAUAGAAGCCAUCAUUACAGUAAGACAAGCUGUAAAUGCUCAAAUUAUAUGCUCAAAAUCUUUUUGAUGGUUCAGUUUAACAUUACAAGAAGAACAUUUAUGAAAGCAGAAUCUUUAAGGAAUGUGAGCAAGCAUCACUCCAAACUUUUUCUGCCAACAGAGUCUUUAUUUUUCCCAGGAAAAGACUGUUAUGUAAAAUUUGACCCGCGAAGGUCACCGGCCGUCUCGGCUCGAAGGCUCCGUCUCCCAAAAUCCUGGAGCAGACUGCGGCUUUGUACCCUCGCAUCCUCACAAAAGUUUCAAUAAUAAAUGGAUUGACUGGUAGCUUCGAAUCCCAUCCGCAGAGACGGUUUUGAUUGGAGCUUUCAUGUCUUGGCAGGGCUGGUGUGUUUUUCUUGCUGCUCGAGCACGCUGCAUUUUAUCUGUGUUCCCUGGCAGAACUGGUACCCUAAUGCUCUCGUGCAGUUCUCUCUCCUUUUUUGGUCACACUGGGUUUGUGCUGUGAUUGCAUCAAAUCACACCCAAUCAAAAAAGUAAUUUUUCCUAAACCUUAUUUAUCACCUCCGUCCUCGUCCGUCUCCGGCAGAUCAAUUUGGUUUUAUGCCAGAUUUUUGUCACCAGGCCCAUCCUCAUCCUCGCCAUUUCUCUCGAUACAAACAUCACAUACAGGCUCAGUUUUCAGUAGCCUCGUGGCCUUAUCAUGCUAUAAUUUUAUUUCAGCUAAUGGUAGAAGUUAACAUGUCUUUAAAGGGAAUAUCUGCAAAUUAACACACACAGGAUGCAGGUAGUUGACUUUUGACCAUCUUUUGUGCCACUGAGGGCUCCUAUCUGCCCAAGCAGGCCAACCACUGGCAAAUAAAUGACUCAUUUAUUCAAUAAGUUUUCAGUCAUUUUCUCUAACUCUAAAGCUGUGUGCAACCAAGAACAUAAUUAGUGUAUCUGGCACAGGCUACAACAUUAUGCCUAUUAAAUUUUAUUAGGCCGUGCUGGGAGCAAACAUCAUUCGGACUAAAGGUAUACUGUAAGCCAUAAAGUGAACAUCGGUGCGGACCGCUGAUUAGAUUUUACAGUUUCUUUUUAUCACUUUGGAAUGGAGGCACGUGCUUUGUUGGGGCCUAUAAAUACUCGUGUGUGUGACAGCUGGACCUGCCCAAGCCUUGCAGCACAUAUGGGUCCCACUUUAAAUUUAGACUCAGGCCUUGGACUUGGGUUUUAGGAUAUUCUGUCUUAUUAGAGUGAAGUACUGGACGCCGCACCAUCAGUGAUGAUGGCUUAGAUGCUGUGAGUGUGUGUGGACAUUGUGACGGGUGGUCGUUGAUCUUAGAGUAGAGACUUACUGUCUGCAUGCUCUCCUUUCUUUUCCAUAUUGACAAAUGGGAAUGCUUAAUGGCAGGGAGGAAUUCAGGUCAUGUGACUCGGGAAUCCGAGCUCGUCUCUCUGCGGAAUUAAAUUUGAUAACGACUGCAGUGACCAGUCAAGGUGACUCAAAACUGUGAAGACGGUGGGCUUUGAUGACUCAUGACAGUUGUGUUCAUGAGUUGCCUGUAAUUGAAAAAAGGCCAUGAGGAUGAUAAAUAUGUAGCAGUUUCAACAGCAAGAUUUCAGAUCACCUGUGGUUGCACAUGGAGAAAAUAGUCCAAGUGCUUAUGGACUUCUCUGCAAGAGUUGCUAAACUGUAUCAGCAAAGCCCGUGAAACUGUAAUGAUUUUAUUAUUUUCUGCUACCAGGAAGUGUUGGAUAUUAAAUGUCAUCAGGUUGUGUGGCUGAGGAAUGUUGGACUUGUUAUAAUAAUAAAUUAAAAGUGGAUUUCUAAAGACAAAUGCAUCGCUCGUUGAGAUAUAUUUAGUAUUCUAACGCUCUGUGCAGUGUUUUUUACGAUCCGUGUGGUAGUUUUGCAAGAACCGUUCAUGUGAGGACACAGUGGUCUAUUUAGGUGGUGGAGGCCAAACAAGAGAUAAAAGAAGAAUGAAUACUGUCUUUCAUAAGGAGGAUAAUUAGUACUGUAAAUCAGUGCUAAACUAAGUAGAAAAUUAUGUGCUUUUACCAAAAACCUAAAUGAAAGGCAUUAGCUGGUAGGUUUAAAUAAACUUUUGUAUGUUUUACUCAAAGCCCUGCUUCAGAUUGGUCACCUGCGCAGCAUGUGACCUGCCUCUGAGCCUGUAGUAGCGAGAUAGGGUCCCGCCCCCUAUUAGGAAAAAAGUCUAAAGCUAAACAUGAUAAAACACGAUAUACGGUUGCCGUGAAGUCAAGUGAGCUGCAUUUCAACAAUGAGAUCAGAAUUAAUGCUUGUGUUCUGGGGCAGUUUGUCUGAAACCUUGUUUUGUUUGUUUCACCUUUAAUGCAUUCUUAUAUUUUCCUCAUAUGAACUUUUAUUGUACAACACUGCAUUUGACCUGCAGCUAUUUUUAUUCUUACAUCUCUCAGCUUUAACUGCACUUGGCUCUCCCGCCUUCUCUGCUGAACGAUAGUAACACUGCAAAGUGAGCCGAGCUGUUACAGUAGCUGGAUUUUCAUGGCGUCGGCCCAGAAAUUAAAAAUAAACCAUCACGGUCCUCACUCGGUGUCAACCAUUUUGUCCGCGGUACUUAGGAAAUCUGCCAGAGUCAUUUACACCACUACACAUGUUUCCGUGUUUCGUCAUGCUCGUGUCCCAGAGGUGGUCAUUUUAAUGCCCUCGACCUCUGGGCAUCAUUCAGAAACCCUGGCACAGUCUGAAUGGUGGACCCAACACUAUCAGCACUCGUGCGCGCUGCUGCACCACAACACUGGAAUGAACGUUAGCGAGCCUACAGCUGAAACUAAUAGGUAUGAGCAGGAAAGAAGGCACCGCCAUUAAUCUCCAGUUAAGAAGCAGAUCUCCUCGGAGCCAAAGUGCACUCUCUGAACUCCGAGAUAAAGGAUGCACUUAAUGGGUCCGUUUGUUGGAUGUUUUUUCCUCUUUAUUUGAACAGAGAUGCUGCCACUGUUAUCUUGCACCCCAAUUUUCGUGCAUUGGUGUUUUUCCCCGAAACAAGUGGGAUUCAAAGAGAUCUGUUUCAAGCGUCAUUGGAAUUCACUGCAGUCUUGACUGUGGUGACCUUGAUUACUGAAGAAGAUAAGCGUUUCUCUUGAUGUGAAGCAGCAGUUUGAUAGACUCUCUUUCAAACUUCUCGAAAUUGUAUAGAAAGUCUAACUGAGCUUUACUUUUUUAUCAGGUUGGACUGAUGCGGCUUAUUUGGGAUUUGGGAUGAUUCAGAGGUCAGGGUGCUCACUGUGGCCUUACAGAGGGACUCUGGGUGCUCAGGGUGCUUUUCUGUUUGUAAUUAUAAAGAGCUGCUGAUGUCAUAUCAGAAACUGAUCACAAAGAGUGCUCUGUGUCUCAAGACCGUUCGUACAGAACGUGAACACACACACAAGAACACGCACAAACACGUUUUCACAUUCACAGAGACAAAGAAACAAACUUCUCUUCAGUUCUUUCUCUUAACAUUGUUGGUUGUUGUUACAAAGCUGAUGUUCUGGUGUGUGGAGUCAGCACACUCCCAGCUUGAGAGCUGGUUAAAGGUCUUUGCUGCUAGCUUUGUUUUAGCAUCACAGAAACGUGGAAAUUUUAAUGCCACAUUUUUGCCUUUUUUUGUAACUAAUUUAAAUAUGGAUUAGUUUGUGUAUCCAUGUCCUCCAAAAGUUGUAACCACUGCUGUCAUAACUUAAAAAAAAAUUGAUAUUAACUGAAAAGGGUGGCAGAGUGGUUCAGCGGUUAGCACGGUCACCUUACAGCACCAAGGUCCUGGGUUUGAAUCUUUCUCUUUCUCAGUUUGUGUGGAUUACUGUGACUGAGAAGCCACACUGGCUGUUUGGUUCAUUGGUGAUUCUAAGUUGACUGUAGCUGUGUCUCCAGCCUUUGACAGCCCUGAACUGGACUCACAAAUACAAAUGAACUCAUGCUGUGCACAGACUCAGUUACAAACUACUUUUAAAUUAUUUAAAGCAUUCAGAAAUGACAGCAGAAGUUGUGAGCCAGUGAUAUAGUGUACUGUACAUGCACUUCUACCAACACUCACCCUUAUAUGCCUUUGUGAUUUUGGGACCACACACACACACACACACACACACACACACACACACACACACACACGCACACACACUCGUUUUCAUAUUUUAGUGAGGACAUCUCAUUGACAUAAUGCUUUACCUAGCCACUUACCUUAACCCUAAACAUCAAAAAUGAAGGUCUAACCCUAACCCUUAGCCUAAAACUGACCAUAACCUAAAUGUAACCCUGACACUAAAACCACAUUUUGAGCCUCAAAAUGCCUUCAUACUGGUGGGGACGGGUAUUUUGUCCCCAUAAGUGACUGUUGGUCCCCACAAGUCUAGUAGCAUGUCAAUUUUCUGUCUCACAAAGAGAUCUAAACAUGUACACACACACACACACACACACACACACACACACUGGUGGGUAAUUGUCGAUAUUCACUCCAGAUUAGGGAUGUUAACAGAAAACAUGUUCAUCCAGUUUUAAUACAAACACAGUGAUUGUGCUUGUGUUUGUCAUCGGAUCAGUGCAGGUCAGAAGGUCUGAUAAUGUGAACAGGAAUGGAAGCCAGACUCAAACAACACACUCCUGAACCAAAAGUAUCUAUGAAAGGAAAAAGAUGAAUGGAUGCAAAUAACAGUAGAAUAACAGAAUAAAAGGCUGAAUUAAAAACAGAGAAACCUGUUCCUUCUCUCUCUGGUUCAGGUAGGAUGAGAUCCAAAAGCAGUGGGGUGGAUACCCCAGCCAAUGGGGUACUUGGAGUUCCACAGGGUGACCAAGAACAGGAAGUGAGUCUGCCUGUGAAGAACCUGAAGGCCAAAGUCCAGCAGAAAGAUGGUGAGGAAACAGUGGAGGUGAUCUCUGACAAAGACAAACCGUUGGAUUCCUCCAAGGCUGGAGAUAAAAGACAGAACAUCGUGGAUCUGUCUAAAGAGGAUUUGCUGGCACUGUUGGGAAUCAUGGAAGGAGAGAUUCAGGCCAGAGAGGACGUUAUCUGCAUCCUGAAGUCCAAACAGAGUUCCCCAGAAGCCCUUGAGUCACAGUAUGGCUCCGCGGUCCCUGGCUCGGCCCUCCAGGCCCUUCAGAGAGACGGCAUCAUCGCAGGCACCAAACCACACAACCACAGUGUCUACCAGAAACCGAUGGCUGAGCUGGAGCGUCUGCAGGAGAAGCACAAGGAGACGUACCGGCGGAUGCUGGGUCAGCUGCUGCUCGCAGAAAAGUGCCACCGGCGAACGAUCCACGAGCUGGACACAGAGAAGAGGAAGCACGCCGACUACAUGAACAAGAGCGACGACUUCACCAACCUCCUGGAGCAGGAGAGAGAAAGACUGAAGAAGUUGCUUGAGAACGAGAAAGCCUACCAGCUCAGAAAGGAGAACGAACACGCCAAACGUCUGGCCAAGGUGCGAGAGGAGCUGGUCAAACUGAAGUCUUUCGCCCUGAUGUUGGUCAAUGAGCGGCAGCAACACCUGGAACAAAUAGACCAGCAGAGCCAGCGGGUCCAGGAGCUCAGCCAGCAGCUGCAGCAGCGUGAGCAGGCUCUAAGUGAAGCCAGGCAGCGUGCUCAGGAAGAUGGACACAGGGUGCUGAGCCUCGAGGCAGAGCUUAAAGAGAAAGCCGACAAGCUCAAGCAACAACACGAAGAGAUGAGUGCCAAGCUAGCCGGUCAGGAGCUUCUCAAUCGUCAGCUAAAUACAAAACUUUCAGGCCUCACGAAUGAGGUUGAGGAGCUACAGGAAAGCAACAGAGCACUGAGGAGAUCUGAGGAGGAACUGCAUGAGCUAAGGGAGAAGAUCAGCAGAGGGGAGUGUGACAACUCAAACCUGAUUGCUGAAUUAGAGAACUUGAGAAAACGAGUGCUGGAGAUGGAAGGAAAGGAUGAGGAGAUUACUAAAACAGAAAAUCAGUGUAAGGAGCUACGGAAGAGGCUACAAGAGGAGGACAAUAAGAGUAAGGACCUCAGACUGGAAGUGGAGAAGCUCCAAAAAAGAAUGAUGGCGUUGGAAAAACUCGAGGGAGCAUUUAGCGUUAGCAAAGCUGAGUGUGCACAGUUACAUGGUGCUCUAGAAAAAGAGAAGGGGCUGACCAAAGAGCUUUCAGAUGAAGUUGUAGCUCUCAAGAUUCGUAUGAAAGAGCUCGAGUCAUCUGAGAUAAAGCUGGAAAAAUCUGAGCUGAGCCUUAAGGAUGACCUCAGUAAGCUUAAAUCACUGACCGUCGCAUUAAUGGAAGAACGAAAGACCCUGAUAGAAACAGCAAAGUCAUGUGAGGAGAAAAAGGACGAUUUGAGCAACAUGGUCAAAGCUGAGCAGAGUAAAGUUAUGGAAGUGACAGAGAAGCUGAUAGAAGAAAGCAAAAAGCUCCUAAAACUGAAAUCAGAGAUGGAAACCAAAAUAGAGACUUUAACGAAUGAAAAGGGGGAAAUUACCACUAAGUUGGCCUAUGAAAUUGAUAAAACUAAGGACCUUAGCUCUAAAAUCAACCAAAUGAAAAAGAAGUUAGAUGGAUUUGAGCAAGCAGAAAAACUUUCUGGAAAGAAUUCAGUGAAAUGUGACAUGCAGAGAACAUCUGAGCCCAUCAGCAGAGACGACAACAAAGUUAAGGAGCUGACGUUUGAAAUUGAGCGCCUGAAAAACCGUCUCAAACAGCUCGAAGUGGUAGAGGGAGAUCUUCUCAAGACAGAGGAUCAGUACGACAUGUUGGAGAAAAAGUUCAUGAGUGAACAGGACAAAGCCAACAUUCUGUCCCAGCAGGUGGAGGAAAUGCGGACUCAGAUAGCGCGGAAUAAAGCGAUUGAGAAAGGAGAGGAGGAAAGCCAGGAGGAAGAUCUGCGUCAACGUUGCAAGAGAGAGGAGGUCAGAACGAGGGAACUGCAAGCCGACGUGGUAGCACUCAAGGAGAAGAUCCACGAACUGAUGCACAAAGAAGACCAGCUUUCUCAGCUCCAAGUGGACUUCUCCGUCCUGCAGCAGAGGUUCUUGGAAGAAGAAGAGAAAGCCAAGAACAUGAGCACUGAAGUUUUCCAUCUCACCAAAGAACUGGAGAUGGCCAAGCGUCACAGUCGAGCACUGCGACCCAGCUUGAAUGGGAGAAGAAUAGUGGACGUGGCGGUGACGUCCACUGGCGUGCAGACAGAAGCGUCAUCCUCCGAGCCAGCAGAGGAGGAUACCCCGGCUGGCUUUAUCAGAAAGUCUGUUCAAGAAGAGAACCACAUUAUGAACAACCUAAGACAGAAGUGCCUGAAGAAGCCAGCAGAGAAAAGCAGUGCUGUUGAGCGUUCACCUUCAUCUGGCAGCGAUUUAGGUAUCAAGAGAUCCUGGAUUCCCUGGAUGAGGAAAAAGGACAACAGCCCUCAAGAGACCCACCUGGAGAAGCCACUGCACAAUGGAGAGAGCUUCUCCUCUGAGCUGACCAUGCCCCAGAAGCCAGGCCAGCCUUUACACAUCCGAGUGACACCAGAUCACCAAAACAACAUGGCAACUCUUGAAAUCAGAAGCCCGACUGCUGGGGAUGUUUUCUCUAGUUCUGCUCCCCUCAGCCCCAAUCCAUCUCAACCCAAAUCCAGAAUCACCAUCAUUCCCACCGGCACUGCUCCGACCCAGCGGAGGAAGUCCCCCGCUGUAUCUCAGGGCCCCGAAAGGGCCAAGUCUCCAGUCACUAUCACAGCUAUAUCUAGAGCCAAGUCUCCAGAAACCAGCCGAACCUCCUCCACUAACUCAGGAAGACCCUUGUCCCCUGUCUCCAUCAUGACAGUGAGCACAGCUGUAGCGUGUGAAGCAUCUGCCUCCCCAGAACCUCAGGAGAUGACCAUGGGCCGAGCUGUGUUCAAGGUUACCCCCGAGAAGCAGAUGGUCCCAUCGCCUGUACGAAAGGGUCACGGCAACACGAGUAUCAUCACCACGACUGACGAUAACAAGAUCCACAUUCAUCUCGGCAACAACAUCACCCCAAAGAUGGUAGUCAGGCCGGUGGCUGCUGUCACAGAGAGCAAGGAAAUGACCUUAUCGACUGGGACAGUUUUGCGCUCGCCUCGUCAAAUCACCACCACUGCUACCAGGAGCACGCAGAGCAAAGUGAUGAGCAGCAUUACAAUUUCUCCUGUUACGUCCUCCACUUCCAGAACGACACAAGGCACGACCGGGCACGAUGCCCAGCCACCGCGCUCGGGGCUGACCCGCAUCCCAAUGUCCAAGAGCCUGAAGACGGGAAAGGCUGCGCUGGGAUCCCUGGGGGUGUCCGGUGGAGUGAAACUGGAGUCGCGGGCUGAGAGCCAGUCCAUGAGGAUAGAAGUUAAGAAAUCCAGCGUGAAUAGCAGUACUUUACAAAAUGGAGGAAAAGCCUGAGAGACACAGUACCAAAUGUAUCUACAAGGUGCUUCAGAGCAAUUCAUAGUAAAAGCUGUGGUGUUUGAGUACAACUCAAAUAUAGUUUACAAGGUAUUUCUUUAUUGUAAUUAAGCAGGAGAUUGAUUUUAUACUUUUUAUAAGGUAUUUUCUACUUCUUUACUUCUUAUUUGCAUUUCUGCCAUUUAGACUGAAAUAUAUCCAUGAUUUGUUUUGUUUUUUACAGUGUGUUGUGAUGGGCAUUUGGGUGAGACUCUGCUGCUAUCAAUGGCUUCUUUCUUGGGGUGGAUAUUUAAUCUAUAAUGAGUUUCUUUAUUUGUUUUAUAUUAGACACAAAAAGUACACAAUUAUGUGAAAAUUUGGUGUAUUUCUAAAGGAUUUGUAUUGAAAAUAUUGUAAAUAAAACUGAUAUUAGAGUGAA